ACUUUGUCAGUCGUCGAAGAUUUCUAAUUUUUAUUUUAUUUGUAAAUUGACGAUUGAAUGCUAGCAUUGUUAUGAAGACAGAGCCUAUUUGGAAUAAUUAGAGUAAAAAUGAAAUGUAUUUUACAUAGAUAGUGUUGUGUAAUACAAAUUGUGUGAAGAUAUAGUCAAGUUUUUAAAUGUGCAGUGAUUCCGAAGUGAAAUGUGGUCGAUGACAGUGUAAAAAAAAACUGGAGCUCGCUGCAUGAAGCACUCGCAUCACGAGUAGGCGAACAAGUCCAUCUGUGAUCUCACAAGUGACAUAGUGUAUUUUUUAUAUUUGUAUGAAUUGUGUUCACGUUUAGUGCAAUUAGUUUAUUUAUGACCGACAAUGAGCUCCACCAACUCGUCAAGUAAGGGGCUCCAUAUGCCUCUACGACAAAUUGACUUGGAUCAGAUAUGGGGCGACCUACGAGAGGGCAUCGAGCAGGUGUACAACAGAGAGAACAUAGAGAAAGUGCGAUAUAUGAACCUGUAUACUCACGUAUACAACUACUGUACAUCGGUGAACCAGCAGAGCGGAAGCGGAGGUGCCCGUAGCACCACCGGCAAUGCACCGCACAGGAUGGCCAACUUCAUGGGCAAGAAACAGGGCGGGCAGGUGCAGGGCGGCGGCGCGCAGCUGGUCGGCCUCGAGCUGUACAAGCGGCUGAGGGACUUCCUGCGGAUAUAUCUCAUCAAUCUGCUCAAGGACGGCGCGGAACUGAUGGGUGAAGACGUGCUGGCUUUCUACACGAAGCAGUGGGAGGAGUACCAGUUCUCGUCGCGCGUCCUCAACGGCGUGUGCGCGUACCUCAACCGCCAUUGGGUCAAGCGCGAGUGCGAGGAGGGACGUAAGGGCAUCUACGAGAUCUACCAGCUGGCUCUAGUGACGUGGCGCGACAACCUGUUCAAGUGCCUCAACAAGCAGGUCACCAACGCCGUCCUCAAACUGAUCGAGAAGGAACGCAACGGGGAGACCAUCAACACUAGACUCGUGUCCGGGGUGAUUAAUUGCUAUGUGGCUCUCGGCCUGAACGAGGAGGAGCCGUCAGCUCGAGGCCAGAACCUCGCCGUGUACAAGGACACGUUCGAGGCCGUCUUCCUCGAGGACACGGAGCGCUUCUACACGCGCGAGAGCAGCGACUUCCUACGUAAUAACCCCGUCACCGAGUAUAUGAUCAAGGCCGAACAAAGACUGCAAGAGGAGGAGAGGCGCGUACAGGUGUACCUGCACGAGACGACCAUGGAGCGGCUGGCCAAGACCUGCGACCGCGUGCUCAUCGAGAAACACCUGGAGAUCUUCCACUCUGAGUUCCAGAAACUUCUAGACGCCGAGAAGAACGCUGACCUUGGGCGCAUGUACGCGCUGGUGGCUCGCAUACCCGACGGCCUUGUGGAGCUGCGCAGACUGUUGGAGCAGCACAUCCACGCCCAGGGUCUCCUGGCGGUGGACAAGUGCGGCCACUCCGCGCAUACCGACCCCAAAGUAUACGUGUCGACGAUCCUCGAGGUGCACAAGAAGUACAACGCGCUAGUGCUGGUGGCCUUCAACAACGACUCCGGCUUCGUCGCCGCGCUGGACAAAGCCUGUGGCAGAUUUAUUAACAGUAAUGCAGUGACGAAAGCAGCUAAUUCUUCUUCCAAGAGUCCCGAGCUUUUGGCCAAGUACUGCGACCUUCUACUCAAGAAGUCCAGCAAGAAUCCAGAAGAAGCCGAAUUGGAGGAUACCCUCAAUCAAGUUAUGGUCGUGUUCAAAUACAUAGAGGACAAGGACGUGUUCCAGAAGUUCUACAGUAAGAUGCUCGCCAAGCGGCUCGUGCAGCACAUGUCCGCCAGCGAUGAUGCCGAGGCAUCGAUGAUCUCAAAACUGAAGCAGGCGUGCGGCUUCGAGUACACGAGCAAGCUACAGAGAAUGUUCCAAGACAUCGGCGUAUCCAAGGACCUGAACGAGAACUUCCGCAAGCACAUGUCCCACAGCUCGGAACAGCCGCUGCACAUCGACUUCAGCAUCCAGGUGCUCAGCUCCGGCUCGUGGCCCUUCCAGCAGUCGUCCUGCUUCCAGCUGCCUACUGAGCUCGAGCGAUCAGUACACCGCUUCACGUCCUUCUACUCGUCCCAGCACUCGGGCCGCAAACUCAACUGGUUGUAUCACAUGAGCAAGGGCGAACUCGUCACUAACUGCUUCAAGAACAGAUACACGCUGCAGGCGAGCACGUUCCAGAUGGCGGUGCUGCUCCAGUACAACGACAACACGGCGUGGACGGUGCGCCAGCUCGAGCGCCACACCGGCAUCAAGGGCGACUUCCUGCUGCAGGUACUGCAGAUCCUGCUGAAGGCGAAGCUGCUGGUGUGUGCGGACGACGAGGCGGAGCUGACAGACGCCUCGCUAGUUGAGCUCUACGUAGGUUAUAAGAAUAAAAAACUCCGCGUUAACAUAAACAUACCGCUGAAGACGGACCUGAAGGUGGAGCAGGAGGCCACGCACAAACACAUCGAAGAGGACAGGAAGAUGCUCAUACAGGCGGCCAUAGUGCGCAUCAUGAAGACGCGCAAGACGCUGAAGCACCAGCACCUGGUGGUGGAGGUGCUCAACCAGCUGUCCAGCAGGUUCAAGCCGCGCGUGCCCGUCAUCAAGAAAUGCAUCGACAUACUGAUCGAGAAGGAGUACCUGGAGCGCACGGAGGGGGAGAAGGAUAUGUACAGCUACCUGGCGUGAGCCCCGACAAUAUACUAUAUUAUCUA